AUGAACAGCCGCGGUAGAAAAGUCUUUGAGGCUGUUGCAAGCGCUUGUACAGAUAGCAGCGGGGACCACAUCAUCAGCACAAGAUGCGAAGAUGUGGAGUAUUGCGAGGGGUCACUUCGCUCUAGACUNAAUGCCAUGGCCAUCACCACCUCUCCCUUCAUCACCUCGCUACAAUACCACGCACUCCAGACUUGGUUUAUCGCCAUCAGUGUCUCUCUGCUCUUGACGUUGUACGACAUGCUCGGCUUCUCUUACUCCUCGCCUACGAAAACUGCUUUGUACACCGCUCUCAUCUGCGACCUUUGCGACAUCACCAUUCCUGGUUCUGCAGUCGGCUGGAUCCCUGUGUCUUCUGUGACUGUGGGUAUAGCAAGCAGUAUCUCCAGCGUUCUUGUCGGAAAAGACAUUUGGGAGAGGGUGCAGCAGGAAGCAAAGCAAAAGGAACAGAGAAAAAGGGAAAAGGCAGCGAGAAAAGUCAGAUUCGAUGCUGGAACAAAAGCUGGAGAGAAUGAAAAGGAUGCAGUGGAUGCAGACAAGAAAAGCAAUGGUGUUGUGAAUGGGGGUGUCAAGGCUUUGGUCAAUGUUGUCGGAGAUGGAAACGGGAGUGUCAAGAAGAGGGCACAGAAAGCAUAA